UUUCCUUCACCGUAGAACUUCUGCCGAUCGGCUACUGUGCAUUCUGCUCUGGACGUUUCUGGGGAUUAGAAGCUCUCUCCUCGAGUGGCUUGACCAUGAUGGAUGAGGACGAUGGAUUGAGUGAGCGGGGUCUCAGCAACUCCAGGAAGAGAUAUGAUGAUGAAGAAGACUACCACUCCAUUUACAUCGGGGUGCCUGUGCCACGGGGUUACAGGAGGAAACGGCGCAGGCGGAGAUCCACCUCCAGCCGGGAUAGAAACAGCGAGAACAGACAGCAGUAUGAGAACCAGGACCGAUCCGAUACCGAUGAAGCAGGGCAAGCAAGCUGUGACAAUGGGAACGACACCGCCAGCAGGACAAUGUCUCCAGCUGCUGAACGCCUUCGCUACAUCCUGGGCGAAGACGACGAGCCUGCAAACCCCACCCUGUUCACUGAGAUGGACACGCUGCAGCACGACGGGGAAGAAAUGGAGUGGAAAGAAUCUGCCAGGUGGAUAAAGUUUGAAGAAAAGGUGGAAGAAGGAGGGGAGAGAUGGAGCAAACCUCACGUGUCGACGUUAUCUUUGCACAGCCUGUUUGAAUUGCGCACGUGUCUACAGACAGGGACAGUGCUCCUAGACCUAGACGGCUACUCCUUACCGCAGAUCAUAGAUGAUGUUAUCGAAAAGCAAAUAGAAGAGGGUCUGCUCAAGCCAGAGCUCAGAGAGAAAAUAAGCUACGUGCUCCUGAGGAAACACCGCCACCAGACCAAGAAACCGAUCCACCGAUCCUUGGCAGACAUCGGCAAAUCGGUCUCGUCCAACACGAAUCGCAGUCCUGUCCGGAGCCCAGCAGCAGGGGCGAGUUUCCACCGCUCCACCGAAGAUCUCAGAAUGAGACAGAAUGCAAAUUAUGGACGUUUACGCCAUGCACAAAGCAGAAGCAUGAAUGACAUUACAGAUACUCCAAGCACAGAUCAGCUAAAAAAUAAAUUCAUAAAGAAGAUCCCCAAAGACGCAGAAGCCUCCAAUGUUCUGGUGGGAGAGGUGGAUUUCCUGGAUAAGCCAUUUGUGGCAUUCGUUCGGCUCAUACAGUCCACUAUGCUGGGCGGGGUGACGGAAGUUCCUGUCCCCACUAGGUUCCUUUUUAUUCUCCUGGGUCCUUCGGGAAAAGCAAAAUCCUACAACGAAAUCGGCCGAGCCAUCGCCACACUUAUGGUAGAUGAUCUUUUCAGUGAUGUGGCCUACAAAGCCAGGGACCGUGAUGACCUGAUUGCAGGAAUAGAUGAGUUUUUGGAUGAAGUCAUUGUCCUCCCGCCGGGGGAGUGGGAUCCAAAUAUUAGAAUAGAGCCACCCAAAAAAAUUCCUUCUGCUGAUAAGAGGAAAUCAGUGUUCUCGCUGAACGAAGCAGGGCAGAUGAACGGCGCCGCGGGAGGAGCGGCAGGAGGGGGCGGUGGAGGCGGCGGGGGCGGCAGUGAUGACGGGGAAAUGCCGGCUGUGCAUGAAAUUGGGGAAGAGCUUGUCUGGACAGGCAGGUUUUGCGGCGGCCUGUAUUUGGAUAUCAAGAGGAAGCUGCCCUGGUUCCCCAGUGAUUUCUACGAAGGCUUUCAUAUCCAGUCGAUCUCCGCCAUCCUCUUCAUUUACCUGGGCUGCAUCACAAAUGCUAUAACGUUUGGGGGGCUACUUGGUGACGCUACCGACAACUACCAGGGGGUCAUGGAGAGCUUCCUCGGUACAGCUAUGGCGGGCGCCGUGUUCUGCUUCUUUGCCGGGCAGCCGCUCAUCAUCCUGAGCAGCACUGGGCCCAUCCUCAUCUUCGAAAAGCUGCUCUUCGACUUCAGCAAGGGCAACGGGAUCGACUACAUGGAGUUCCGCUUGUGGAUCGGCUUGCACUCCGCUCUGCAGUGCCUUAUCCUGGUGGCCACAGACGCCAGCUUCAUUAUAAAGUACAUCACCCGCUUCACGGAGGAGGGGUUCUCCACCCUCAUCAGCUUUAUCUUCAUCUACGACGCUAUCAAGAAGAUGAUUGGCGCCUUCAAGUAUUACCCCAUCAAUGCAGACUUCAAGCCAGACUAUGUGACCAUGUACAAGUGCGAGUGCAUUGCUCCCGACCCAGUGAAUACAACAUUGUUCAAUGCUUCAGCUCCACUGGCACCAAACAACACUAACGUUUCUGUGUACAAUGCUAUUAAUGUAACAGCUCUGGACUGGACCCAGCUGAGUAAGAAGGAAUGUCUAAAGUAUGGCGGAAGCUUAGUAGGGAAAUCCUGUAAAUUUGUUCCUGACUUAGCCCUCAUGUCCUUCAUCCUCUUCUUUGGGACGUAUUCCAUGACUGUAACACUGAAGAAAUUCAAGUUCAGUCGCUACUUUCCUACAAAGGUCAGGGCCUUCAUUGCUGAUUUUUCCAAUGUCUUCUCCAUUCUGCUGUUCUGUGGACUAGACGCCUGGUUUGGCCUGGACACGCCAAAGCUGCAUGUUCCCAGUAUAAUUAAGCUACGUAAACUUAUUAGUGACUUCUCUAUCUUCAUGUCCAUACUAAUGUUUGUUGGUCUCGAUAUCUUGUUUGGACUGAAUACUCCUAAACUGCAAGUGCCUACUGACUUUAAGCCCACUCGCUUGGACCGAGGUUGGCUCGUGUUCCCGUUUGGGAAGAAUCCGUGGUGGAUCUACCUGGCCAGUGCGCUUCCCGCUCUCCUGGUCACCAUCUUGAUCUUCAUGGACCAGCAAAUCACAGCCGUCAUCGUCAACAGGAAGGAGCACAAACUGAGGAAAGCAGCGGGCUAUCACCUGGACUUGUUCUGGGUGGGGAUCCUGAUGGCCGUGUGCUCGUUCAUGGGGCUGCCGUGGUACGUGGCUGCCACCGUCAUUUCCAUCGCGCACAUCGACAGCUUGAAGAUGGAGACGGAGACCAGUGCGCCGGGGGAGCAGCCGCAGUUCCUGGGCGUGAGGGAGCAGAGAGUGACCGGAAUCAUUGUCUUUGUCCUGACUGGGAUAUCUGUCUUCCUGGCGCCAGUCCUGAAGUACAUCCCUAUGCCGGUGCUGUAUGGGGUCUUUCUCUACAUGGGAGUUGCCUCUUUGAACGGCAUUCAGUUCUGGGACCGCUGCAAGCUCUUCCUGAUGCCGUCCAAGCACCAGCCCGACUACGUCUUCCUUCGCCACGUGCCCCUGCGGCGGAUCCACCUCUUCACCAUGGUGCAGAUCAUCUGCCUCGCCAUCCUCUGGAUCCUGAAGUCAACUGUGGCGGCUAUCAUCUUCCCUGUGAUGAUUUUAGCCUUGAUCUUAGUGAGGAAAAUGCUGGAUUUCGUCUUUUCCCAACACGACCUGGCCUGGAUUGAUAACCUCAUCCCUGAGCGGGAGAAAAAGAAGGAAGACGACAAGAAGAAGAAGAAGAAAGGCAACAAAGGGGAGGACAACAGCGAGGAUGAGGAAAGAGGUCCUCCAGCUGGAGCUUUGCGUUCUGAUUCCUCUCCUAACGGUUCAGACCUGGAUCGCAGUAUUACACUUCACCUGAAGAUUUCCUGCCCAUCGUCACCGUCACCUGCGUUUAGCUACUCCCGAAACCCUCUCUGUGCCGUGCCCCAGGUGAAGAUCGAGAUGGAGUCAGACUAUGAAGACAGUGACACGGAAAAGCACCCUCGGGACAUGGGCAGCGAGACCACCCUCUAGUCCCACCCAGCCCUCCCUUUGUGAUGACAUAUACCUAAGAAAAUCCGGCCUAUUUUUCUAAGCGACAGACUGAGGAGAUCAUUGGUCCCCAGGACCCAUUCCUCCAUUAGCUUUUAGCAUUAUAAGUUAGAACUGCUGUGGAAUUCCACCCCCUUCACUUGGGCCAAGAAACCAGCACUAGCUUCAGAGCAGUGCUAGGAAUGUGGAACAGUGCUUGUGGACUCUGGCCUGGCAAUAAUAGGGGACAUUAGACCCUGGGCAAUUGCUGCUAUUUUAACGGAGAUGCUGAAGGCAGCAGGGCCAACUUCUUUCAGCAUCUGGACACUGUCAGCACCCGCCAUGGAGGGUCAAGCCUCUUUCCAGUGCAAGCUUCAACUCCACCACUCUCCAUGUCCCUUUUGGCAUUUAGUUUUCCCAAGGGGAGUUCUCAAAUAAGCACCACCGUGGCCCAUGCUUGCUCUGACAUUCCAUUGUAGGGGAGCAGGAGGAAUUUCAGGGCUGUAAACUGCAGUUUAUUGCACGAGGGGUUUUUUAUACACCAUCUGCAGCAAGUAAUGUGCACCCCAGAGAAGUACACAAAACAGAGUUAAAGAGAUUCCCUUUUUGAGAAGUUAUGGAAUGCUUAGAAUCAAAGAGAACUCUGAAGUGGUAAACUUCCCUGGCUGAUGCUUAAAGUCCAGCCAUGGCCCUGUGAAACUGUUUCUCUCCUCCUUGCUGUUUUUUCUAUAGGAAUUCCAGGAGCACCUUUAAAGGGUCAGGAUUGUAAAAAGAUAAACUCAGUCACAGGCUCGUGCUGCCUUCUCUCUGAAGAAAACUGAUCAUUAUACUGGCCUAAGCAGCCUUAGGGCAUGCAACUCCUGUUUUUAAUGGAGAAACUUGUAGGAGGUUGACAGGCAAGCCAGUGUCCAGAGCAGGAAGACUGAAAAAAUUUAUAAUUGGUCACUGUGGCCCAUCAGAGCUGACCCCACCCAUGUCAGCACACAUACUAGCAAGUCCUUUACAACCACAAUAUCACUAAUCUUCAACCCUUUACCCUGCAGCAAGAGAGCAUGUUCUACCCAGCCAGCCAUACUUUUGCUCAGCCCAGCAACAUACAAAUUACUAUCUGGAAGGUAAGAACCACUGGGAAAUAGUUGGUUAAUCCCAGGAUUUGAGAUAGAUGGGACCUACCUGAUUUAUCCCAUUCCCUUCCAGCACAGGCAUGAUCUAAACCAUCACGGAGAAAUCCACAGUUUGCAGUACUUAUGAUACAUGCCAGAGCCAGCUGGGUGGCAGAACUUCCUGCUCUGAAAGCACAGGACCCUGCCACUUGAGUGAAAGAGGGAAUCUCUGUUGGAAUAACUCCUAUAAACUAUUGAGAAUUUCUAAUUGCAUAAUCUGCCCAUCAGUAGCACCAGCAGUCCUGCUGGAAAGUGACUUACAUGUCCCUCCUUGUCAGUUAACAUUAAUUCCUCAUUCAAAAAUCCUUAAAUAUUUUUUGAAAUGUCAGAUUGGGUUGCUGGCCUGUCCCCUCUCAUGCUACUGAGAAAGAGGUAGCAACAUGGGGAUUGCUGCCAACUCAGUUAAGUGAAACCACAGGACUUGUGUUGUUGGAAUUAGAAAGUUCCAUACCUUGAGUGAAAGCAACCUUCCCAGUACUUUGCUUCAAUGCAAGUGAAAAGUAGGGUAGGAAGGAGUUUAGUAAAAUUUGGAUGGGUAAGGCUUGCCGAUCUGAUCAAAGCAAAUAUCGUUUUAGUAGGCUGAAAUAAAGAGAACAGUCAGUAGACUACAGUAGUGACUACCUUAGCUAACACUACUCAAUGUCUAGAAGGGACAGCAAUGUACAUGUCCCAGUUUAGUCAGGGAAGAAAGACUACUGUGCUCAGAAAAGUUUUCUGGAGUUGCACAUUUUAGCGCAGUAACUCCACCAAUCUCAUUCUUGAUUAAAUCAGCCUCUUGGAACAUGUUAAGUUUUUCUUAGCUGUUCAAACUAUAAUGGGCAGUUUUUGGAAGUAGGCCCUUGCCUCUUGAGUGGUAGUUACUGAUAAAUUACUUCCCUUGAAUUUUUUUUUCCCUUGAGACUGUCACUUUUGAUUAUCAAUCCUCCCCUGCUUUCAAAAAAUUAAGGGGCAGGAAACUUAGGCCCAAAGUCAGCUAUUGCAUUUAUGUAAGUACAAAGCAACUUCAGGCUGUAUUUGCAUCACACUUUGAUUCAUAGCACCUUAGCUCAUAUCCUUAUACCAACACCUCAGCCCUUGUUUUCCUCUGCAGUUGCUAUAAACAUGACUUGCACAAAACUGCCAGGUGGUGAGAGCUGGCUUGGCCUCCCCUCAUUACAAGCUGGCUUUUAGAAGUCUAUUUCAGAUGUGAGUAGGUUUGCUCUGAAGGGCCUGUUACUAUUUAAUCCUUUCAAAACUGACUACUAGAAAGGUUUAUAUGGUACUGUACUGAUACUCACACUUUAGUGCACUUUUCAUAAAGGAAAACCACAAAGAAUUUGCCUUGAUGGUUUUAAGUAAAACUUGAUUCUCAGAAAAAAAAUGCUGUUUGAAAGCAAGUUCAAAAGGAAAUGGAGAAAAAUAUCAAGCAUUGAAGACUGCUACACAGAGGCAAAGGCCUCACUAUAAAUAAUACAUGUAUGCAUCUUUAGAGCUUAUUUCAAGUUUGUCAGGAACAGGGCUCUACAAAAAUGUCCACUCUACAGGGAUUUCUGGAAUGUUGAGUAAGUAUUGCAACUGGUUUGAACCUUAGAAUGAAAUAGAUGGUGGUUCUUUGUAAAUAUUCAAGUGAAGUCAAACAAAAGAAAACUUGAAUUCCAUUU